UACCGGCGUGGGAGAACCAAUGAGCUUGCCACGUAGCCAAAGCCAAAGCCAAAGUAUCGAUGAGUUUCGAGUGGGUGACUUGUGGGGUCGUGCGACCGGACAGCCGUUCUCAGCCGUGGCCAUAACAUGGACUCUCUCGCCGGUCCCGGUCGUCUAUAUACCAUACCAUAUAUAUCCUAUGUAGGACCGGUAAAUAACCGAUACGUGUCGGCGAAGGAACCUGGGUUUUCCGCUGCUCUUUGCCAGAAAUUAAAAGUAGAAUUGAGAAGUGAAACAUCAACACCAACAACAACUAAACGGGGAAAACUUGCCUCGCCACGCAAACUUUUCCAACGUGCAGCAGGGAGCGGGGAAAAAAGAAUCAGUUUCGUGUGUUUCGCCUUUUUUCGUUUCUUCUAUUUUUUGCCUGUUUUUUUAUUGCUGCCAAAAAUAAAACUUGCGCCGUGA